AUGGUUCCUGGGAAGUUCAUUUUCACUGCGACCUUUGUGUUACUGUGCACUAUCAUUGCCGUUGUUUUGGAAUACCAAUCAAAGAAGGAUAAGCCAGUGCUAGAUAAGGAGAAGUUACAGGAAUUUCCAUUGGUGGCAAAGACAGUGUUGACUCAUAAUACUGCUAUUUACAGAUUUGGUUUACCAAAGUCUACACAGGUAUUAGGGCUUCCAAUUGGUCAACAUAUUUCUGUUCAAGCAAACAUCAAUGGCAAGGAUAUUUUAAGGUCUUAUACACCAACUUCGUUGGACUCGGACGCCGUCGGUCACUUUGAACUUUUAAUUAAGUCCUACGAAAAGGGUAACAUUUCAAAGCAUUUUGCACAGCUCAACAUUGGUGACAAAAUUAAGGUACGUGGCCCAAAGGGUUUCUACCAUUACCAACCUAACAUGAAUGAAGAAAUCGGUAUGAUCGCUGGUGGUACUGGUAUUGCUCCAAUGUAUCAAAUUAUGAAAUCAAUUUUUGCCAACGAUUCCGAUAAAACCAAGGUAUCUUUAGUCUAUGGUAAUCAAACUGAGGAGGAUAUCCUUUUGAAGAAGGAAUUGGACGCAUUUGUUGAAAGAAAACCAGAUCAAUUCAAGGUUUAUUACUUGUUAGAUAAGGCUCCAGAAGCUUGGACUGGUGGUGUUGGGUAUAUCACCGUUGAUACUAUGAAAGAACGUCUUCCAGCUCCAGCUGAAGGCGUCCAACUUUUGGUGUGCGGUCCGCCUCCUAUGGUUUCAUCUAUUAAGAGAAAUGCUGUCACUUUAGGUUACGAGAAAGCUAAACCUAUUUCUAAGAUGGGAGACCAAAUCUUUGUAUUUUAA